AUGAAGCUCCUCUCCUGGGUUCUCCCUUCCGUGCUUCUUGGAGCUGGGCUGCCAACCGUGCUGGGUCGGUCCCUGCCUCGAGCAACGGUCCCGAGUAGCGACCCCUUCUACCAACCCCCUGCAGGCUUCGAAUCCCAGGUGCCCGGGACAAUCCUGCGUACCCGCACUAUCGUGGCUUCGUUCUUCGGGAUUUUGCCAAACCCAGUCCAGGCUUAUCAGCUUCUCUAUCGUACCACAGCCACCAAUGGGUCCGCCAUCGCCACCGUAAUCACGGUCUUCAGGCCUCUUUUCGCAAAGACUGACCGCUUCGUCUCGUUCCAGACAGCCUAUGAUAGCUCGGCCACGGUGUGUGACCCGAGUUAUAGCUAUCAAAUCGGCACCCCCCAGUCAGACCUCAUAUCGUCGGCUGAGCUGCUGAUUAUCGAGGCCUACCUCAUAUCUGGCUAUAUCGUCGCGUCUUCGGAUUACGAAGGUCCAGAUGCCGCGUUCGGACCCGGUCACCUUUCGGGCAUGGGGGUCCUCGAUGGGAUUCGUGCCGUCACGAACUUCAAAAGCACCCUGCAUUUUUCCACUACCAACCCCAUGGUCGUGGGUGUUGGUUACUCCGGUGGUGCAAUUGCGACAGGCUGGGCCGCGUCGCUACAGCCAACCUAUGCCCCUGAGAUCGACAUCAAAGGCUGGGUUUCUGGUGGUACCCCUGCAAACCUCACUGCUGUCGCCGACUUUAUCGACGGCACGACCUUCAGCGGUUUCGUUCUAGCUGUUGUGGACGGCCUUACGAAGCCGAGUGCAUACGGCGCUGCGUUGAAGCCAGUAAUCGACAGCAUUAUUACGCCUGCUGGCCAGACGGCCCUAAACUUUGCAAGUGCCAAUUGCGCCGUUGCAGACAUUAUCAAUUUCUCGGGCAAGUCGAUCAAGUCAACAGAUUUCCAAUCCUUGGGCGACCGUCUGUGGUACGAUCCUACCGUUGCUGCCAUCUUAGAACAAAACACCAUGGGUGUGAACAAGAACGAAACGCCCACGGUUCCUGUAUUCAUGUAUCACGCAUCGCAGGAUGAGAUCGUACCCUACGCCAACGCCGCAGUGCUCGCCAAGGCGUGGUGUAGCUAUGGAGCGAGCGUCAAGUUCACCACGUAUGCAAACGGCGGACACAUUACCACUGAGGUAGUCGCCAUCGUAGAGUCGCUCAACUUUGUCUCGUCAGCCUUUGCUGGCACAGCAGCGAGCGGCUGCUCCACGAAUACCGAGCUUAGCAGCCUCCUCAAUCCAAUCGCGCUUGGUAUUGAGCUUGAGCCUGUCCUUAUCGCUCUUGCGCAGGUCCUUCUGCUCUCCGGCCAAGCCGAUGGCAAUAUUGUGCAUAGUCCGAAGACCCUCUCGUCUACGGUGUCAGCAUAG